CAGGUUUGGACUCGGCGAUGAAGCGGAGACGGACAGAGUGGCCGGUUUAGCCUUUUGCGCAAAAAGAAAAGUCACAGUGUGGGGGAAAAUGAAGUUCUACUUCGGCGUGAAAGCGCUUGUGGGACUGUGCGCGUUGGUGUUGCUAUUCACCGGCUUCAUCGAUGUGCUAACAAUCAACUGGGCGAAAAACGAGUGCGAAAUGACCUACAUGUUCGAAUUGCCCGAAUACAUACCCAUAAAACUAAGUAAAGAAGUGCAGCAGAAGUACCCCAGGUACCGCCUUGUUGUCUAUGGAGAAGGGGUCUACGCCCGUCAGCUACGGAGGGGCCACCUUCGCGGCGUGCCGGUCCUGUUCGUGCCAGGCAAUGCCGGCAGCUACCAGCAGGUGCGCUCCAUCGGUACAGUGCUGUUACGCAAGGCUGAGUUCGAGGGCUUGCCGUACCGCUUCGACGUGUUCGCCACCGACUUCCAGGGCGAGCUGUCGGGUCUCUACGGACCGCUGCUGCGGGACCAGAUCGGGUUUCUGCACGAGUGCAUCCGUACCAUUCGCCGCCUGUACAAGUCCACGCCCAAUGCAAGCCUGGUCGUCCUCGGUCACUCCAUGGGCGGUGUGGUGGCACGGUCCCUGUUCACGCUGGAGGACUUUGAGCCGGACAGCGUGUCUUUAAUCAUGAGCUAUGCCACGCCUCACCACAGUGCUGCCAUCUUGGACUCUCACCUGAACGCUGUGUAUGAGCGGAUAAGAGAAGCGUGGUCGCCGCCGCGGCUACCUGUUAUAAUGGUCUCGGUGGCUGGUGGCCGACGGGACACCCUCGUCCGCACCGAGCUCACCCGGUUGGAGCCGCACGUGCAUCACAUCAGCACCACGAGCACGGCAGUGCCAGGCGUCUGGGCCUCUGCAGACCACUUGACCAUCGUUUGGUGUCAGCAGCUGGUGGUGACGUCGGCAAGAGUGCUGUUUGAUCUCAUCACCCGUGAAAAUCGCCAGGUCAGGCUGACAAAUGAUCCUGGGCGCAUCAAGGCAGUGGUUGACUUUCACUUUGUCCGGCGGCCCUAUGGGAAGCAGCUUCCAGCGGAGGAAGCCAAUGGCCAGCCCAUUUAUUUUGGCUCAAGCGGCGAGUGGUCGGACCACAUUGAGUCUUCCUGGCGUGUUCACAAGCAGAAGGUUUUGGUGUCCCGGUGGCUGGUGAUGCCGGUCAGGGAGUCCGACCAGGUGGUGCUGCGGGCGUCGGGUCUCGGUAACAAGGAGUGGCUCUAUGGCUGUACAGCUGUGCGCAAAGAAGCCGCUACGGGCAAGCUUCUCUGCACGAUGGGUGUGAGCCUCUCCCGGGAAGGCGCGACACUCCCUUAUGAAGGAUCUUACGGCAUUGAACGGCGAGGCUUCCACGCAUCUGGUGCUGAGUUGCGGGCGCGGGGCUUGCGGGCCUUGGUGGUGCAUGUGCGACCCACUACCUCCAAGAUGACCGUGGUGGGCGAGCGUCUGCAGUCGUCCGAGCGGUGGCGAGAUGUCAGGCUACCCCCGUGGUGGGGUUCCUCCAAAGUGCUUCUGACGGUGCCACUGACAGAGGGGGCGGCCUUCUACAACUUGAGCCUCCACGGCCUGUGGCAUCCCUGGCAGGCCUACCACUUUAUCCUACAAUCAAAGAUCUGCCGCACAGGAACGGAAGGUGAUGGCUUUGUCCGAUUCCUGGUCCCUUGGGGCAGCGAGGACCUCUUCUUUCACAUCCGCUACCCGAUGGGUUCACGCAGCGGUCCCAAGGAGACGCCGAUGCUCGUGCAUGUGCAGAGCGGUGCGGGCACGAGCGAUGGUCCGCCCCCGCAGUUGCACCUGUAUCUGGAUCCCGAAUGCAGCUAUGAGCUUCGUGUCGAGGCUGCCUGGAAGACCAGCCUGGGACAGAUGAUGAGGCGACACAUCACCAUGGUGCCUUCGUACUGCGUUGCCAUCACGCUAGCCCUGCUGGCCGAGCAGCUGCUCUCCGUGCACACCUCAGGUGUGUGCUUGGACUUCAACUGUGCCUUGCAGAAGGCUGAGAGCUUCCUGGAACUCACUUUACUGGCCAGCCUGGCAGAAUACUUCUUUCAGAGCCUGUCGGAAGAAGGUAGCGUUCUGGUCAUCGACAGCAUGGCCACGACCAGUCCCUGGGAGAACCUGGUGCUGCGCGUUUCACUCUAUUGCAUUGGAUGCGGGGCAGUCUAUGUGCUGGGAACCCUAAUCACAGGCAGCACCUACAUAUCUGCCAUCGCGGUCAACAGAGUGCUCGCAAUGGUGAGAGGCACUCAGAGGAGUCCACCGCCUGGGAAGCAGCCAUGGUCACCAAGAGUGUUCCUCUUGGUGGCUGGCCUGCUCCUUCUGAUUGUAGCCACAUGUGCUGCUAUGGCAUUGUUUCUGGGCAGCAUCGUCUUCGCCAUCAGGCUGGUGUACCAGUGCGCGCGCCAGACAGCUCAAGAGGAGCGACGGGGUCCCUCGAGCGAGACGAGCGGCUGGCGUCUGCAGCUGUGCCUGCUGCACCUGUGGCUUUGGGUGGCCGUCCUGGGGCUGCCCGCGGUUAUAGUGUGGUUCUCGGUGGGACCCCUGUCCCCCCAACCGGGUGGCGCCGACCCGCUCGCGGUGACUGCAACCUUCCUGCUCUUGGCGCAGGCCGUCCUCUGGCAACCUUUUGUUCCAAAUCCCCAGGGGUUGUACUACCGGCCGGUCGCGUGGUUGUGUCGGAUCCUGUCAUUUGCUUGCGUGCUGCUCUCUCCGGUGCGGAUGUACCGAGCGGCACCGCUCAUCGCAGUGGCCUACGUUGCACUGGCGCUGCAGCAGCUGCUCUCUCCACAACAGCUCGGUCACAAAGCCGACUGAACAAACAUGCGUCGGGAAAUGGGUCACAGCUUCUGCCAGGUCACAGCAUAAGGACAAAUAAAUUUUUUUUCUCGCGGC